AUGAUUGCCUUCAACGCCCGCUUCACCCUUCUCGCUGCUCUUCUCUCUCUCAUCGCCGUUUCCCUUAAUCCUUUGGUCGAAGCUGCUGCUAUUAGCGCUCGCCGUCCUGACACCUCUUCCUCCGCGUCUGGUACGCACCACAAGACGACACGUGAACCUGUUCUUCCUCUUCCAACUCGUUCAGAGAAGGCCUUGUCUAGCAAGAAGUCCGAGAAAGGCGAGAAGAAAAAGAAGGAAGGAUCUUCCAAGGGGCAUAAACACGAUGGGCGAGCUUUGGACGAAUCUAUCCAGGUUUUACCUUGGGAUCACACACACAAUGUGAUCUCCGUCAACAUCAAGCACCGUGACGAGCUCAGGGUCUUGCCCGGUCAUCAUGAUCAUGAUGAUGGUCACAGGAACGAUUUAGUUGACAUAGAUAUCAAGAAACGUGGUGAACAGGCUCACUUCCAUACUCGCAGACAUUCAGAGUUCCAUGACGGUAAGCUCAUCAUUGGCGGAAAGAACGACCAUGUCCACAUUCACGCCCGCCGCCAUCACGACCACGACCACGACAAGGUAGUCGUAAAAGGUGACAACGACCAUGUUCACAUUCAUGGACGUGAUCAUGACCAUGAUCAUGACCAUGACCACGACCACGACCACAACCAUGACCACGACCACGACCACGAUCAUCGUCGAGCCCGCCGUUUCCGUCCUCAUCCCCGCAGUCUGGAGACCAUGCAAAAACGUGCUUGCCAAGCUACUCCAGGGUACAUCGAUAUCAAUAGCGACGGCAAGAGGCUCGCUUCUAUGGCGUACAAUCAGACAAUGCAGGAGUAUGACGUCAGCGAGAGCGAGGCUUCCACCUUUAACCUCAUGAACUGCGGGACCUCCGAGGCUUCUUCUUUGGUUACUCUUGCUUGUAAUGACAUUCCUCAAGGCGGCUGUCUUACUUAUAUGUACAACGGUACUUCUGAGGACAUGACCUGCCAAAGAUGUGUUGACCAAUCCUCCGUUCCACCUACCGCUUGUCAAACCUUCAUGUACAACAUUACUUCUGGACAGGUGAACCCCACAAACUGCAACAUGGUUGCUGCUCAAGCUGACGAUGCCGAUACCGAACCCAAUACUGGCGAUGGACCUGACGCUGGAGAUGAGAUCCCCGACGGUGAGGGCGAAGAGCCCAAUGCCGAGCAAGCUGCCAGUAUCAAUGCCAGAGAUGCGUCGUCCACCAACUCAUCAUCUGUCACUCCUGUUUCCUUGGUUUUCAGGCCACUUGCUAAGGAACUCGAGGUGGAGGACACUGGAUCGAACAACACUUCGUUCAACUCGACGAAUACCAGCGGAAAUUCUACGUCAUUCAAUGCGACAAGUAUCGACUCGGACCCAGAUUCCACUUCACCCAAUAACACGAGUACAACUUCCGCCAAUCAAACGUUCACCACUACGAUCACCGUCACCUCCACCUCCACCUCUACGGGCUCUUCUUCAUCUGCAGUCCAGUCUGCUGCCGUUGCCUCACCUUCCACGACUGGAAUGAAGGUCGAAGUAUUCAAUGACCCCAAUGAAACUAACGCUCCCCCGUUCUCGAGUUCCACGGACUCGCCCCUUUCCUCGACCAUGACCUCUUCGUCGGCUAACACCACACCUACCUCGAGUAUGAUGGACGCCGAUGCCGUUGCUUCAAGUAUCGCUGCCUCCUCCUCUACUGACAUGAUGGCUGCGUCGUUUACAACCUCUUCCUCUUCGACCGGUACUUCCUCCGUUUCCGCUUCUACCUCUUCGUCGUCGUCGAACUCUCCUUCCGCAACUGCUGCGGCCGCGGGGUUGAAUGCAAGGUCGACGGAGCCUUAUCUGUGGCAAUUCAAGCGAUUUGAUCAGGACUAA